UCCAGUAAUUUCUAUUUGAUGCUGUUGUUGCUCAUGCUGUUUUUAUGUACGCUGCCGGUAGGAUACGUCAUUGCCUCCAAGAAACCAUCUAAAAUAUGUGGUCCAUUUGGUAGUCAGGAUCGUUUCUACAGCAUAAUUGUGCAGUUGCUUGAUCGUAAUUUAACGAAAGGACUAGUGGAUGCGAUUCGUUACAUGACUUCACCGGGCAUUGUUAUACCAGUAUUGUUACUCCUUCUACUAACCAUUUAUUUCCUUUUUGCACUGGUGCGUGGCUUACGUGAGGCAAAUACUGAUCUCACAAAACAGCUAAUGCAUGAAAGAACAGAGGAGAAGAAGAAAAUCUUCGAACUGGCGGGUGGUGGCAAGAAGCGCUCAAAUAACAGUAACAAUACAGCGAUGGCACAUCAUCAUCGUUCGCUUGCGAAUAAAUCUCGAGACAGCAGUAGCAGUAGCUCACCGAGCAAAAGUAGUAAUGUUACGGAUGACGAGUUUUCGUCGGAAAGAUCGUACAGGAGGAGCAAUAAGGAUCUGCGCGCUUAUGUCCCAUCAUUAAAGAGCGUAAGUGAAGCGGAACGAUCAGAAUCGGAGGAAACGGUCGAGGAAGAAACUGUACAGCAAAGAAAACAACAGCCAGAGCAACCGGAGCAACCUCCUCUGCUGCAAACACAACCAGUGAAACGAGGAUGGAAGCAAAAAAUUUUGACCUGGCUCGGAUUAGACGAAAAACCGGAAAGACAAAGAAAACGUACGCCAAGGAGCGCCCUUAAGGAUACCGAAACAGCUGAAGACGAAUCUCCAUUGUCUGGGCAAAAAUCGACCACUGAGCCGGGGACAUCGGAAGAUCAGCAAUCAAUGACUUCCAUUACAGAAUCCUAUUCACAGAGCAGUCCAUCGUUUCACGAUUGCGCAUCGGCACCAGAACGAAUCCUUGUUUCGAGUUCAUCGCCUGAUAAGGCGGCGCAUGACGAUGAAGCAGCAGCUAAAACUGACAGCUAUCAUACUGCUGAAAGUUUGAAUCCGAUUUUCUAA